AUGAGAGAGAGGCAGCGCUUACAGAUUGCAGUUGCAGCUGUUGAAGAUGAUGAUGUUGGAAUGGAGAAGAAGAACGAGAGGAAGCGGUUGGUGAGAGGCAGGGAUUGGAGUAGAGAAGACGACCCAUUUCGUGCUCUCUCUCUCUCUUCGUCGUCUCUGAAGACGCAGGGUUUUGGUUGGUUAAAUGUCGGGUUUGGCCUUUGGAUUAAGCCGAAUGAAGUUUUAAUAAUACUGGCGUGGUUUUAA